AGGAGACAGAAAAAGAAGGAGAAACGGAGGCAGGGAAAUGACUGCGGAGCCAUGAAGACGACCAGGAGAGCCGUGACAAUGUCCCCCUGGGGCCAGCUGCCCUGCGCGCUGCUGCUGCUGCUGUUUUGGGCACGCGUGCUGGCCAUCUGCCCGCCGAUGUGCACCUGCACCCGCAGCCACAGAGUGGUGGACUGCUCGGGGCGCAGUCUGAGCCAGCUGCCCGACAGCCUGCAGCACAACAUCCGCACCCUCAACCUGUCCCACAACCGCCUGCAGGACCUGGACGGCCUGCUCAGCCACUUCGCCCACCUGCGCACGCUCGACGUCUCCCACAACCGGCUGUCGCGGCUGCCCCCGGACCUGCCCCGCGCCCUCUGGGAGCUGCUGGCCUCGGGCAACAGGCUCCGGCUGCUGGACAAGAACCACACGGCCUACCAGUGGAACCUGCGGGCGCUGGACCUGUCGGCCAACGAGCUGGAGCGCGUGGUGUUCAUCAACAACACGCUGCCGGCGCUGCGCUUCCUAAACCUCAGCCAUAACCGCUUCUGGACCGUGCCCACCAACAUGCCGCAUAACCUGGAGAUGGUGGACCUCUCGCACAACUUCCUGGUGCAGAUCCUGCCGGGCUCACUGGACCGGCUGCACCGGCUGGCCCGCUUCUACCUGCACGGGAACCGCUUCGCCGUGGUGAGCGAGCGCGCCUUUGAGCGGCUCGACGGCCUGCAGCUCGUCACCCUCGACGACAACCCCUGGGCCUGCGAGGACGAGGAGAACAUCACCGGCCUGCUGGCCUGGAUGCACCAGACGCCCGCCCGCGUGCAGGGCUGCCCCUGCCACACCCGCCGCGUGUGCGGGGAGGCCCGCCCUGGCCCGACCGGGGGGUGGCACUUCGCCUCCUACACCCAGGCCCCGCUGGGAACCUAUGCCCGGGACGUUGGCCGCCUGCCCGCGAGAUCCGUCACCUCGGGGUACCUGUCCGAGCCCGUGCCGCCCAACCUCCCCGGCGGCCACUCUGACCCCGACCCCGACUCCGACUCCGCCUUCCUUGAUGGCGCUGUCCCUGACGACAACGGCACCUUCCCCUCUGUACCGGCGGGCCACCUCCUGUUCGAGGGCGGCUUCACCACCGUCAGCACCACCACGAGCACAACGCCCCGCUCCCGGAGCGUCAAAAAGGGCAAAUCGGAGGGCGCUCGAAGCACAAACCCGGGGCCCAGGGCCUGCGCUCCAGACAUGGCCCUUUUGAACCUUUUGCUAACGACUGCCCUCUUACAAGUGUUCUGAGAGCCCCCCCCCCAAACCCCGCUGGAAACAUACAAAUUACUAAAUCUUUCACAACAAACGCCCCAUUCAUUGAAGGAGUCGUCUUGUAGCACUGAGGUUCAGUUUUUGUUUUUUUUUCUUUUUAUUUAAAACACUUUCUGACUGUU